CAGUAUAAGUAAUGUUUUUGAAAUUUUUAUUAAACUUAUAAUAAAAUAGAUUUAAAAAUAAAAUGUCCUUGAAUUUUGAAGAUAAAAGUGAAUGCAUUCCAAUUAAUUCUGAUGAAAAUAAUGAGUGUAAUAUCAAAAGUUUUGCAGAUUUACCAAUUGAGCUACUUGAACGAAUAUUUGAACAUCUACCAUAUUCAGAUUUAAAGAAAUCAUCAACAGUAUGCCAGAAAUGGUGUCAAAUAUCUCAAUUACCCAAGUUUCGGCAAAAUAUUAUAGUCAGAAUUCAACAUUCUGAAAUAGACCCAAGCAAUUUACCAGAAGAAGUAUUCCAAAAAAGUACAAGAAAGUUUUCAAAUUUACAUUAUGGUGAUAAAAGUUCAAACUACAAAUUAUGUAUGAAGACUUUUUUAAAAAUGUCGAAUAUUUUCGAAGACUUGGAGUAUUUUAAAUUAGAAAAUAUUACAUUAACCUUUGAAGAAUUAUGCAUUUUAUUGAAUCGAAUGAGAAAUCUGAAAAGUUUAUCAAUUUAUAACUGUAAUUUUGAAUUGGAUACAUUACAAAAUAUCGAAGAAAAAAAUCUUAAAUCAAUUAAAAACACAAUGAAUAAUUUACUAUGUUUUGAAUUUCAAGAAACAAGUAUGAUAUGUUACGAAAAUUUAAAAAAAAUAACAAAUAUGUUAAUGAAUUUAGAAAUUUUUAAGCCUGGCUUUGGAAAAAUGGGUUCAUAUUCGUAUUCUGAUGCCACAACUGAAACAGAUAUUCUAUGUUCCAUUAUUGAGAAAAAUAAAACAACAUUAAAGCAAUUGCAUAUUCCAAUGUAUCAAAAUAAAUUACCUUUGUCGGCGGUGUAUCAAAUACGCAAUUUAAAUUUAGCAUAUCUUUCACUUGAUUAUAAUUAUUAUUCCCCGCCAGCUACAUUAAGUCUAGAUACCUUCUUACAAGCUCAUGUUAAUUUAAUUACCUUAGUGGUUUCAAUUAGCAGUUAUAAAAAAUUAGAUUUAGAAUUAAUUGCUGACACUAUGGAUCGGUUGGAGCGAUUGGAAAUUACCGCUAGCUGUAAAAAUAUUUAUAAUUUUAAUCUGAUGACUAUUUCAAAAUUUAAAAAAUUAAAAGUAUUAAAAGCACUUAAAAGACCAUCUCAUAGCUUUUCAAGCAUUGAUUUAGCAAGUAAUAUGUUACUAAGAGAAUUGCAAAUUCAAGAUAUGAAUUUAACGGAAACUGAUAUAAUCAACAUAAGUGAAAGAUUACCAAAUUUAGAAACGCUUAUUUUGCAACGCGUUUUACUUACAGAUGCUGGACUACAAGCCGUUAUAAAAAAUUUAUUAAAUUUGAGAUAUUUAAAUUUGGAAAACAAAAGUAAUCGAGAUUCAGAAGUGACUGAUUAUGGAAUAAGUGGUUUUGACACAAGUACAAAUGCGCAAUCUGGAACUUCUAUAAAGAAUUUGAAGAGUUUGGAAUAUUUGCAGCUAUCAGGUGUUAAAGUUACGUCAGAAGACUGUUUAAUAAAUAAUUUAAAAUUUUCAAGAAUUAGGGAAAUUUUUAUUUGCAAUUCUCCUCAAAAAAUUAAUUUAACGUUUUCAAAAAUGACUAUGGUGUUUGAAAAUUGCCCCAAACUUAAGAAAAUCACUAUAAGAUAAAAAUAUUUUUUUAAUUAUUUAA